AUGGCAUUCAAAAAUCUUAUAUCAGUCACCCUGGCAUUGAGUGCCACGGUUUUGGCAUCUAGUGGUGGAUAUAAUCUCUCAUCGUCAAGGUUGUCGCCAGCUGCCCAAAGCCUGUUUGACUAUUCCAUGCAAGUGCAAGACUCUAGAUACGAUGCCUACUACAGUUUUAUCUGGUACCAAGACAAAGGUCCUUGGUCGACCAGAUUCACUGCGUGGUAUAUUCCCGGCUUACUUUAUAGGGCACAGGGGAAUGAUAUAGACAACGCAAUAUCAAGUAUUGAAGCCGUACUAUCUACGCAAAUGACAGAAGACUAUGACUCUGCCUGGUAUGGCACAUACCGUUUGUCGCCCGAUGCCCCAUAUCCCACCGCAAAUGGGGAUCUUUACCCGCCAAAGAUCUACACAACCUAUGACCCCAACUGGAGAGAAUUCGUUGGUACGGCUCUUGUACAGGUCGUGGAAGAGUUCUCCCACCUGUUAACCGAUGACUUGAUCUCACGUAUUGAGACAUCCCUUGCUGAGAACGCUGUUGGAGCCAUGCGUCGAAAUGGCUCUUAUCCGGAAGAUGACAACCUGGUCCUCGGGUACUCCAAUCCAGGACUCAUGCGCGCACUCACAGUUGGUUGGAUCGGCAAACGGCUCAACAACCAAACUUUUAUUGACUUCGCUCGGAAACAAGGGAACGAAUUACUGGAGCUAUUUGAGAGGGAUGGACAGAAUGUGUUAUCAGAAUACAAUGCCCCGAAUUAUUAUGGUAUGGAUAUGUGGGCAUUGGCAGCCAAUGUCGCGUAUGGACCCAAGGAUGCUCCAAUGACCAACAACUCAAAGCACAUCAUCACCGAAGUCUGGAAGGAUGUGGCAACUCACUUCAAUCCUUAUCUUGGAAAUAUGGUCGGACCUUACGACCGCGCCUACACUCGUGAUGCUACGGAGCACUCCGCCAUCAUUUCUCUUUUUUGGUGGGGAGUGUUUGGGCGGGAAUGUGGCCCUCAGCCUCCUCUGGGAGAAGCAGAUCUUCUUUACGAUGUUGCUCAGGGUGCUUCUGUAUCGUUGAUCAUGGAUACUGUGAGUCAGUAUAUUGAUAAGGAUACCGCUGCUGCAUUGAAGGCCAAGGGUUGGUGGGAGGGGAGUCGCUUCAUCAGUAAGACGAUCUAUGAAGAUCUCGAGACCCAGCAGUAUCGCACCGCAUCUUCGUGGGUCAGCGCUGGACUCAUGAUUGGCGGGCAGACUGUAGCCGAGACCGUGAAUCGUGGUGACCAGUUUGUGCCCGCAAUCGUACACUGGGCUUCGGAUCCGAAUCACGCUCCUUACCCAUACAAUGGGUUCUUCUCACUGUACCCGAGCGCAUCGACUAUCACAUCAGAGGUGGGCGAUGGCACCCUAAGAGUCUCGUAUCCAAACACAACUCAAGAAGGAACCAACAUCUUCACAUUCGCUCUAGCAGGCAUCCCACCACAGUACUUCAGAAGCCCCGAUUUCAAGAUCACUGGUCUGGAGAACUUACCGUGUCUAUCAGUAAAUAUCUCCGCGCCCGGUUUGGAAGCUCUGCAGAUUACAUAUGGUACCCAGUUACGUGACCACUAUAUCUACAAUAUCUCGUACGCGGUGCCUACUGAUUUUGAGGGAAUUCCGUCGGUCUCCUUUGAGCUGGAAUACACCUGCGCAUGA